GCAUGCUCAACCGCUGCACAGUCUACGGUACCGCACACUGGAGUCACAACAACCGACAGCCGUUCACUGUGUUAACUCGGUGACUGUCCGCCUGUCAGGAGGCCGGGGCCGGAGUUACUGUCUGAGAGAGUCCGGGGGACAGAGUCAGAGGAGCGGACACACAGUGGAAGACUCGGUGUUAAAGUACCGGAGCCGCGCCGCCGGAGAGUCGGUGUGGUUGGUUAGAAUGAUAGCGGCGGAGCGGAGAACAGAGCAGCGAACAGCCCGCUGAUUCACACCGACAGCCCGGACAGCUCUCCGUGUUGCGGCCGAGGAUGGUCGCGGUGACAGCAGCUGUUCUGGAGGAACGGCCUGCCCCCGCUGGAUGCCCUCCCCGCCCUGCUGGACUCAGGCUCGGGCUCUCAGCGUUCAUGUAAACCGGUGAACCGUGCGUGUCAGUCCCGCAGCAGCAGCAAUGCAGGCGGCUCAGCUGCAGUACGACUUCUUCAACGAGGAGAACGCACCGAAGUGGAGAGGCCUGCUGGUGCCUUCACUGGAGAAGGUGCUGCACCAGGUACAUCCUAACCUGGUGUCCCAACAGGAGGCACUGCAGUACAUUGAGGAGCUGAUCCUGCUGCUGCUCAGCAUGCUGUGUCAGGCUCAACCACGCACUGUACAGGAUGUAGAGAAUUCUGUUACAGACCAGAGUCAAUCCAGAUGUGUUCAGACCAGGGUCAGUCCAGAUGUGUUCAGACCAGGGUCAGUCCAGAUGUGUUCAGACCAGGGUCAGUCCAGAUGUUUGCAGACCAGGGAGCGGGUUCAGAAAAGUUUUCCUCACCCAAUUGAUAAGUGGGCGAUUGCUGAUGCUCAGGCCGCCAUCGAGAAGAGGAAGAGGAGGAACCCACUGGCUCUACCUGUUGACAAAAUCCACCCACUGCUAAAGGAGGUGCUCGGUUAUAAGAUCGACCACCAGGUUUCAGUGUACAUGGUUGCUGUGUUGGAGUACAUCUCUGCAGACAUCCUGAAACUGGCAGGAAACUACGUCAAAAACAUUCGACACUUCGAGAUCUCCCAGCAGGACAUCACUGUGGCCAUGUGUGCUGACAAGGUGCUGAUGGACAUGUUCCACCAGGAUGAGGAAGACAUCAGUGGCUUCCCUCUGAUUGAUGAGGAGCCGUCAGCCAAUGAGGAGCAGAGCUACUAUGAGCUGGUGCGGAGCUUCAUGUCAGAUGGUCGUCAGUACCUGAGACAGCUCAACCUGCUCAUCAAGGUGUUCAGAGAGCCCUUCAACUCCAGCCCCAUGCUGUUCUCUCAGCACGACGUGGACAGUAUCUUCAGUCGGAUAGUUGAUAUCCACGAGGUGACAGUGAAGCUGUUGGGAUUGAUCGAGGACACGGUGGAGAUGACAGAUGAAGGCAGUCCUCAUCCUCUGGUGGGGAGCUGCUUCGAGGACCUGGCUGAGGAGUUGGCCUUUGACCCUUAUGAGACAUAUGCUCAGGACAUCCUGCGCUCUGGUUUCCAUGAACACUUCCUGGGUCAGGUGUCUAAACCAGGAGCUGCCUUCCACCUUCAGUCCAUCUGUGAAGGUUUUAAAGAGGCUGUUCAAUACGUCCUGCCCAGACUGCUGCUCACUCCUGUUUACCACUGUCUGCACCUGUUUGAGAUCCUUAAGCAACUGGAGGAGAAGAGUGAGGAUGAGGAGGAUAAAGAGUGUCUGAAGCAGGCCAUCACUGCCCUCCUCAACCUGCAGAGCAGUAUGGAGAGAAUCUGCUCCAGGAGCCUCGCAAAGAGGAGGCUCAGCGAGUCGGCGUGUCGUUUCUACAGCCAUCAGAUGAAGGGGAAGCACCUCGCCAUCAAGAAGAUGAACGAGAUCCAGAAGAACAUCGACGGCUGGGAGGGAAAGGACAUCGGCCAGUGCUGCAACGAGUUCAUAAUGGAGGGCACGCUGACUCGUGUGGGUGCCAAACACGAGCGCCACAUCUUCCUCUUUGACGGCCUGAUGAUCUGCUGUAAGUCCAACCACGGCCCACCACGGCUGCCUGGUGCCGGCUCCACUGCAGAGUAUCGGCUUAAAGAAAAGUUUUUCAUGCGCAAAGUCCAGAUCAACGAUAAGGACGACAAGGAGGGCGAGUACCGGCAUGCCUUCGAGAUCAUCCUGAAGGACGGGAACAAUGUUGUGUUUGCCGCCAAGUCUGCUGAGGAGAAGAACGGCUGGAUGGCUGCGCUGAUCUCGCUGCAGUAUCGCAGCACACUGGAACGUAUGUUGGACACAGCCAUGCUGCAGGAGGAGAAGGAGGAGCAGAUGAGGCUGCCGGCAGCAGAACUGUACCGAUUUGCUGAAGCAGACUCUGAAGAGAACGUUGUGUUCGAAGAGAACGUCCAGUCCAAAUCCGGAAUCCCCAUCAUUAAAGCAGGGACCGUCCUGAAACUGAUCGAGAGGCUCACCUUCCACAUGUACGCAGAUCCAAACUUUGUGCGAACUUUCCUGACAACCUACAGAUCUUUCUGUAAACCUCAGGAGCUGCUCGACCUGCUUAUGGAGAGGUUUGAGAUCCCAGAGCCAAGGCCGAGUGAGACGGACCAGAUGGAGGGAGGAGAGCAGCCACUCAGUGCCGAACUCAAACGCUUCCGCAAAGAGUUUGUUCAGCCGGUCCAGCUCAGAGUGCUGAAUGUGUGUCGUCACUGGGUGGAGCAUCACUUCUAUGACUUUGAGAGAGACGCUUACCUGCUGAGACGACUGGAGGAGUUUAUUGCCUCCGUCAGAGGUAAGGCGAUGAGGAAGUGGGUGGAGUCCAUCACAAAGAUCAUCCAGAGGAAGAAGCAGGUUCAGGUGAGCGUGCCCAGUCACAGCAUCACCUUCCAGAACUCUCCUCCUCCGAUCGAGUGGCACAUCUGUAAGCCAGGAAACACUGAACAGUUCGACUUGAUGAUGCUGCACCCCAUCGAGAUUGGCCGCCAGCUCACCCUGCUCGAGUCCGACUUCUACAGGGCAGUGCAGCCAUCAGAGCUGGUUGGCAGCGUCUGGACCAAAGAGGACAAAGAGAUUCACUCCCCCAACCUGCUGAGGAUGAUCCGACACACCACCAAUCUCACCUUGUGGUUCGAAAAGUGUAUUGUAGAAACAGAGAACCUGGAGGAACGAGUUGCUGUGGUGUCGCGGAUCAUAGAGAUCCUGCAGGUAUUUCAGGAGCUCAACAACUUUAAUGGAGUUCUGGAGGUCGUCAGCGCCAUGAACUCGUCUCCUGUCUACAGAUUGGACCACACAUUCGAGCAAAUUCCGAGUCGUCAGAGAAAAAUCCUAGAGGAAGCUCACGAGCUGAGUGAGGAUCACUACAAGAAGUAUUUAGCUAAACUGCGCUCCAUCAACCCCCCCUGUGUGCCCUUCUUUGGAAUCUACCUGACCAACAUCUUGAAGACGGAGGAGGGUAACCCUGACUUCCUGCGGCGACACGGCAAAGACCUGAUCAACUUCAGCAAGAGGAGGAAAGUGGCAGAAAUCACAGGAGAGAUCCAGCAGUACCAGAACCAACCGUACUGUCUGAGGGUGGAGAAUGACAUCAGGAAGUUCUUUGAGAACCUGAACCCGAUGGAGGACAUGUCUGAGAAAGACUUUGCCGACCAUCUUUUCAACAAAUCUCUGGAGAUUGAACCUCGAAACGCACGAUCGCUGCCUCGAUUUGUAAAGAAGUACAACUGUACUUUGAAGUCCCCGGGAAUCCGUCCAACCUCUUCAAGGCCUGGCACCAUGCGACAUCCAACACCACUGCAAAAUGAGCCCAGGAAGAUUAGUUACAGCCGCAUCCCUGACAGUGAGGCUGACGGUGGGGCUGCCUCCGCCCCCAAUUCACCCCGCACCCCACUGACUCCACCCCCUGCCUCCGCCGCCUCCAGCUCCACAGAUGUAGGCAGCGUGUUUGACUCGCCGCAGGGUCCCAGCAGCCCCUUCCACUCCACCUGCGACAGUAUCUUCUCUGUGGUCUCUUUGCCUCAUGGUCCACGGUCAUCCUCGGUCUCCUCUAUGGUGAGUUUCAGUCGUGUUUCUGAGGAGGUUCCAGUGCCUCCUCCUGUUCCUCCUCGCAGACGUCCAGAGUCAGCUCCUGCUGAGUCAUCUCCCUCCAAGAUGAUGUCGAAGUUGGACAGCCCCCCUGCUGUCCCCCCUCGUCAGCCCACCUGUAAGCUCCUCCCCCCUCGUUAUUCCUCGUCGCUGUCAUCGUCAUCUCCCCCUGACAGCCCCCCCUCCCUGCCUCCUCGGGAGCCUCUCAGCUCCCCACUGCACCUCCUCCCCCCACCUCAGGGUCGCCCACGCUGUGACCUGCUGCCUCAGGCCUUCUUCCCCUCCUCCACCCCCUCUGCCCCUAACAUCAGCUCCGCCUCUAUUGCCUCCUCCUCACCCCCAGUUCCGCUUCCCACCACUGUCACCCCCAGCCCUACCCCUACCUCCAGGAAAAUGCCCCUCCCUUCACCACCUCUCCCCCUCCUCCCGCUGGAUGGCCCGCCCGUGCCGCCCCGACACAGUGUCCCCAAACUUCCCCCCAAGACCUACAAGAGGGAGUCUUUGAGCCACACCCCCCUGCUGGACACCCCCCCCGCACUGUGACAGCCUGGACUUCCAGAGAUGGAGGGGCAGCUGAUCGGACAGCUUGUGGAGGAGGCGGUGCUAGAUGAGCUAACACUAUCGCUGAUUGGAUCAGAACAAACAAAACAAUCGAUGGAUUUAAAGACAAAAAACAAAACAUCCCAUCGACCAGUCAGGAGUUUGGGUCGGAUCUGGACCGAGACAAAGUAAAGUUAAGAUCAUGUGCCCUUAUUCUGAAAAACUCAGCUGCAGAACUUCAGAGAACAUUUGUCUGUCAUUUCUCUGUGCGAGUGAUUCAGACCUCGUGGCAUCUCCACCAGAGAGGAUUGUGGGUAAUGUAGUGCUCCACAGACUGAAGUGGACUCUGCUUUUGAGGCCUUCAGGUACCGAACCAGAGCCAAAGAGGUACUUUACUGGUUCUAGUGACCUGAUGUUGUUUGUGUCUGAUUGUUAAUAAAGAUGUAAGUGAUGAUUGCCUUCUUUCAAACAAGGGAAUAAACAUGUUUGUACCACUGAGCUGGCUGGACAACAGAGA